AUGCGUUUCUCAACUAUCUUUUCCGCCUUUUUGCUUUCUAGCGCCUCGCUGGCAACCCCGACCCAGGUGUCCUCAGCACUGGGCAAUGCUCCGACACAGGGGAGUGCUCCGGCAGAGGAGCAUUCUAUAGCUCAUGUUCCCCCUACGACGCCAGAACCGACUGCACAAUCGAGUGGCAAUUCCGAACAACAGGAGAACUCCGAUGUCGAAGAAGAGCAGGAAACUGCCAAUGUUGACAGCCAGCAAACAUCUGCCGACGUUCCUGCACAGUCAAACGCAGCCCCAAAACCAUCCGCAAGCCAAGAAGAAGAAGACGCUCAACCCAGUGAGAAUGCCGCCACAGCAUCGACAGAUAGCCCGUCUGUCCCCACCGGCAAUGGAGGUUCCUCCUCCCAGAACUCGGAGGGGAGUGCUGCCGUCUCAAGUGCCUCUCCCGCCGAGACGCCCGCAGAGUCUCAGGGUGGUGCCGAAUCCUCCCAUGAGGCCGGUCCCUCCCGUACGGCUCAGCCGAAAGGACAAACUACCGUCACAGCUUCGGACUCCUCCAAGCCAUCUUCCACGAGUAACAAUGGUGACCCUUUGAAGAGUCUUCUCGAUGGAUUGACUGGAAAUCCUCUGAAAGACCUGGGCAAUGGUAUUGACGGUCUAUUGGGUAUCCUGAACCCGACGUUCUUGCAGGAUGUCGAGUCCUUCUUCCAUCAUUUUGCCUACCUGUUUGACGACAAGACCACCGAUCAGACGAAGGAUUUGAUCAACACAGGACACAAGCUCCUGACCCAGGAGUUGAUCAAGGAGGUCACGAGUCUCCUGAACAAUGCCAACUCUUUGUUGACUCCCAGCUUCGUGAACGAAACCCAAGAGCUCAUCAGCUCGAUCGGUCCUCUCGUCACUCCAGAUCUGUUCAAGAAGAUCUCUACCUUGUUAGACAAUGGCAACGACCUCCUGACCACCGAAUUUGUGAAGGAGGUCAACGGUCUGAUUGGAAACGCCAACCACCUGCUCACUCCCGAAUUUGUCAAGGAAACGCGACAGCUCAUCCAGGCCGUUGGCCCGAUCUUGACUCCUGAAUUGUUCAAGGAGAUCCGCUCCCUGUUGAACAAUGCCAACGGCCUCUUGACCCAGGACUUCGUCAAGGAGGUCAAGAGCUUGAUCAAACAGCUCGGUCCGAUCGUCACGCCUGAACUCUUCGGAGAAAUCGCUUCGUUACUGCAUAACGCCAACAAGUUGCUGACACCCCACUUCGUUAGCGAGGUCAAGAAAUUGAUCGACUCGCUUGGACCGCUCCUCACGCCUGGUCUCUUCAAGGAGAUUAGCUCGUUGUUGGAUAAUGCCAACAAGUUGCUGACGCCUCAAUUCGUGAAUGAGAUCAAGAAGCUGAUUGAUGGAAACGAUAUCACAUCCUUGUUGAGCAAUGCCAACAGGCUAUUGACGCCUCACUUCGUUGAUGAGAUCAAGAAACUGGUCGAUUCGGAUGCGCUUACCGACUUGUUGAGCAAUGCCAACAGGCUAUUGACUCCUCACUUCGUCGAUGAGAUCAAGAAACUGAUCGACUCGGACGCCCUCACUUCCCUGCUGAACAACGCCAACAAGUUGUUGACGCCCAAGUUCGUCAAUGAGAUCAAGAAACUGAUCGAUGGAAACGAGCUUACCUCCUUGUUGAGCAAUGCCAACAAGUUGUUGACACCCCAGUUUGUGAACGAGAUCAAGAAGUUGAUCGAUGGAAACGAGCUCACCGACCUGCUGGGCAAUGCCAACAAGUUGUUGACGCCUCACUUCGUCAACGAGGUGAAGAAACUGAUCGACUCGCUUGGCCCGCUCGUCACGCCAGAGCUCUUCAAGGAGAUCAGCUCGUUGCUGAACAACGCGAACGAUCUACUUACCAAGGACUUCGUCAAGAAGAUCAAGAGCUUGAUCAACUCGAUUGCUCCUAUCCUCACCCCCGAAAUCCUCGGAAAGGUGGCUGGUCUUUUGGAUAACGCCGCUGAUCUGCUCACGCACGAGUUCGUCAAGGAGACCAAGGGCUUGAUCGGCUCGGUUGCUCCUGUGGUGACUCCUCAACUGCUCAAGCAAGUCAGCAGCUUGCUGAAGAGUGCGGCUUCUCUGUUGACGCCAGGAUUCGUCGAUGAGGCUCAAGGUGUGUUGGGUAAUGCCAACAACCUAUUGACACCCAAGUUCGUCAAGGAGACCCGCGGUUUGAUUGACGGUAUCGCGCCGGUCAUUACGCCUGCCCUGCUCGGCGAAGUGGCCGGUCUCCUUAGCAAUGCCGGCCACCUUCUCACGCCCAAGUUCGUCAACGAGACGCGCGAUCUCAUUGAUGACAUCUCUCCUGUUGUCACUCCCGAGCUGCUGGGCAAGGUCGGCGGUCUUCUCAAUAACGCCGACAAGCUUCUGACCAGCAAGUUUGUCGACGAGACCAAGAACCUGAUUGACACUGUGUCGCCUGCCGUCACUCCCAAGCUUCUCGAGGAAGUGGGCUUCCUUCUUGGUAACGGUACUCGUCUGUUGACGCCUAAGUUCGUUAACGAGACCCGGGACUUGAUCAACGAUGUCUCGCCCUUCGUCACCCAUGACCUCCUGGAAGAAGUCGGUGGCCUUCUGGACAACGCCGACCACCUGCUGUCUCCCAAGUUUGUCAACGAAACGCAAAUCUUGAUUGAGGAUGCUUCUGAGUUGCUCCCCGUUUUGGUCAAGAUCUUGGGUACAUUGUAA